CCCAACAUCCCUUUCCUCGACGCUCGCCCUAAAAGCAAGUUUGCAGUACAAGCUGUUCCCUGCCGUACCAUGGUUACGGUAACUCCUGACCAGCAACCUGAUCAAGGCCAGCAGCAAGCCCAACACCACCCACAAGGUCACGAUCAGGGCUCUUCUGAACAACAACCACAACCACAACAGCAGCAUCAAGAGCUAGCCCCAGAACCAGCACCUGCCCCCAGGACCCAGCCUCAGCCGCCCCCCAAAAGCACAGCCGCAGCCGCAGCAGCCCCUUCCCACACCACCUCCAACCCCUCCACCUCCACCGCUACAGCUGCUGCUGCCGCUCCCCUCCAGCAUGCACCCCCCCAGCAGCACCCUGAGGCACCAGCAGACAGGUCCCGCAAACCGCAGGUCAUCAUCCUGACCGGCCCCACUGCGGUGGGUAAGACCGCCAUCAGCCUGCUGCUGGCGGAGCGGCUGAGGGGGCGGGGGGCAGCGGGUGGGGGAGCAGCGGGUGGGGGCAGGGAAGCCAGCGGGACGGCAUGGGCAAGAGCAGCAAGGGAAGCAGCAGAGGGAGCAGAGUCGGAGGAGGAGCCGGGGGCAGAUGGGGCAGACGCAGGAGUAGCAGCAGCAGGAGGAGAGGGUGGCGGGGGCUGCUGCUGCAGUGGUGGCGGAGGAGGUGGCGGCGGCGAGGUGAUCAGUGCGGACAGUGUGCAAGUGUACCGGGGACUGGAUGUGGGCUCGGAUAAGCUGCCUCCCUCCCAGCGUCGCGGCAUCCCGCACCACCUGAUCGACAUCCGCCAGCCGCAUCAGGACUUCUCGGCGGGGGAGUUCUGUGAGGAGGCGC